UAUACAACGGAGCCACCACAUCGGUCGCCUGCGCCUUCCAAGCCUUUGCGAGAUGGCUGAGGCCUUCGACAAGCUCGCCUGCCACGUCGUCGCGGGCUUCACUGGUACAACGUGCGUGUCCGCGACGAACGCACCCCUCGCACGGGCGCGGUCCGGACCCCUUCACGAUCGAGCGCACCAGGGUACGGAGCUGGAUCGCGUCCAGCGACUCUGGCGCGGCCAGCGCGUCCGGAGCUGGAUAGCGGCGUUGACGAGCGCGACGAUCGCGGUCCAGCGGGUGCACCGUGGCGUCGUGGCCCGGAAGCUCGCGGCGGCGCGCCGCGCGGCCCGCGCGCGGCGCGAGGCGCGCGCCAUUUACCACUACCACGCCACGCUCGCGCAGCGGACGUUCCGCGGGUUCUACUCGCGGCGCUACCGACACGACUUCCGUGCCCGGCGGCGCUACGUCGAGGCAGUCGUCGCGACGGGCGAGGCGCUCCGCGAGCGCCUCGACCAGCGGCGCGCCGCGAGAGAGCUGGACGACCAGGCCGCCGACGACGCGCGGCGCGCCGGGGCGCUCGCCGCGGCCGCGCGGCAUCUGCACCACCUCGUGUCGACCGCGAGCGCGCCGGGCGUCUACGCCGCCCCCGUGUUCGACCCGCGGAGCGCGCCCACCGCGCGCGGCGCGACCAUGGAGACCCACCUCCGCGCCGGGGUCCGGGGCGCGCUCGCGCUCAGCCGCCGCCGCUACGCGGAGCCGCCGCCCUCGAGCGCCGCGUCGCUCCGCGCCGCCGCGCCUUUCGACGCGCCGCGAGACGCCGAGCGGCUCGCCGCGCGCGUGGCGCGCGCCGGCUUCGUUGGCGCCUGUGUGGAAAUCGCGAUGAUUCAGCACGAACAAUUUUGAUUUCCACACAGGUCGGCGCCGCAGAUUUCUCCUGCGGCCGGGUGCGCCCGGCGCCGUACCGUCGCGGGGCGAACGACGGCGCGCCGUUUGUCGAGCAUUGGCGCAAUCCAUACUUGAAGCGCGGCGUCCCGCGCGGCGCCGAUGAUUUGACUGUCGGCCUUUCGACGCUAGGCAAGGCCCCGCCCGGACCGCCGUUCUGCCCGCGCGCCGGGAACACGUCCGCCGUCCACACGAACGGGCUCUUCGCCACCAUCGAACGGGCCAAGAGCCUGCGGGUGAAGUAAGGUAGCCCGUAUUGCUAAUAAGAACGCCGAUUUGGCCCCUUCCCGGGCGGCCCCAGUG